AUGAUGGCUACUCAUUGUAUUCCAAAAGAAAGUUGCAACAGCCACAUGGCGGGCUGGAUCGGUGGUGGCGAUCACCCCUCUUCAGCUUAUCAGAAGGUGACGAGAACAGCAUAUAUGCAUUAUGGCUCAAGUUGUUAUUCAGUGGCCUACUCCGAGACAGAAAUACGUAACUGUAGUGGAUUCUACGUUUACAAACUGCAAUCAGUUAACAGCUGUUACCAACGUUAUUGUGGUGUUAAUGGUAAGUGUCACAUCAAGAACAUCAGGUUUUUUUUUUCUAAAGAGCGCAUUCCAUUGAGCAGCUUUUCUGCCAAUAUUUUUCACGGGGCUUGUCUCAUUGCUGGAGGUUUUACGCUACUUUCUCGGCCACCCCCUUUUCAAUGGUGUUACAUACGCUUUGGAGCGGGGCGGAAGGGGUAGGGAAAAAUAACGAACAAAGUUCGAGAAAGAAAAAUGGUUCCACGUUGGACGUUGUACCAUCUAUGCCAAAAAAAGAUUUGAGAUUCCACUUUCGCGGGCAGAAUAGAUAUCAGGUGAUGUUGCAUUGAUCCAAAUAUCUUUUAUUAAUUGCAAAACUGGGAAAUUAAACGUCUUCUAAUUAAAAAGGUUACAUCGACGCAAGAGGUACGGACUCAAAGAUCCAGGUUUUUCUUUAUAAAGACAAUGUUUCACUUUAUGAAGUUUCAAUUGGGUCUUCCGCAAUUUGAUGAAUUAAGAUCACCCAGGCAAACAAAAGUGCGAAGCAUUGACAACCUUGAUGGCACAAGCUUUUUUGUAGAAUUUUUUCUAAUAUUAACAUAUGACUAUCAAUAUUAAAAGAAAAUCCGGACAUAUUUUGUUUUGGUAAGAGUUGAAAGAAUCUUGAUCAGUGCUGAUUUGGUAUGAAAAAAUGAAGUACUUCUAAUGCUUGUGGGUACACAUGGGCGCUUUAGUAUCUAGUUUACUCAUGAUUAGUUGGGCAUUAAGCCAUUAAGUAAUUUCUUGGUCAGAAUGAUUUCGUAUUCAACAGAUGAGAACGAUGCAUGUCAUGCCAAUUCUGGCUCAACGGCAUGUACCUGUCCAUCUGGUUAUUCUGGCACUCCUUGUCAAGGUAUGUGAGCUGUAAAAUUAAUUGAUGGUGGUCACUUACACUCCUUCUUAGAACCUUAGUGUAGAGCCUUAUCGUUCAGAAAAAAAUAGAAAAGGUGUUUUUUUUCCCUCUCAUUUGCUAGUUUGUUUGUUGCUUUCGUACUUAGUGCAAAUUUAAGUAAAGCUUCUUAUUUUAGAUUUUAAGUCAAUCCUACUGAAAUGAGAAAGUUUGAUCUUUAAGGACCAUAAAGGUCAAGAGGCGAUGGCCAUUGUGAUUGAUUUCUUCCCCGAAUAAGGUUGUGUUCGAUACCGAUUAUAUCCCUAUUUUUUCCAACCUGUGGAUUAUAUAGUUUAAAAGAUAAUUGAAUUUCCACCGUUAAGGAUUCACAUAAUUUCCCCACCAGUUCUUUUAACUACUCACUUUGGCCACGUCAUGGUAAGGACAAACUUUAAAUUGGUUGGUUGUAUUUUCCUUGUCAUUAGAUACCGAUGAAUGUACCUCAGGAGGCCAUAAUUGUCACUCACAAGCCACAUGUUCCAAUACUCCUGGCACAUUUACAUGCUCUUGUAAAGCUGGUUUUACUGGCGACGGUGUAUCUUGUAGCGGUUAGUUGUUUGGGCACCUCUUACAUCUUUUAAGGUUCUUUAGAGAAUCAAGCUUAAAAUGGUAGUGAGGUCUCCCCACAUGCAUAUUCAUCAUCAAUUCAUAUUUGGACAGGAAAUAAGUGAAAAUUAAAAGCUUGAAAAAGGUGAUGGCAAUCACUGGUGUUACAGAUACAGCAAUAUGUCGAGAAAUCCAAGAAUUUUGGUAAAUUAAACUGAUUAAGUGAACUGUACUGUGCAAGAUGUUGAAAAAAAAGAAACUAGGAGAUAUCGUGAAAAAAAAUGACGAGGGGAAAGAAGAGAUUCUAUAUAUUAUCGGCUUCCGCUGUGAUGUUAUCUUUCAGAGGAUUGUGGUAUGUCCGAAGGUGAAAAUGAACUGCUUUCAUAUGGGAGAUCAGGGAUUGAUUGCCUGUAGGCAAAAGCGAGUUCUUCGGCCGGUACAUGGGAAAGAUUGUUCGAAAAUUGUUAAUAAUACUCAACCAAAACGAACGGGUGGAACUUAAAAACCCCAUUCAUAGCAGGACUACAUUACGAUUGGUUCUUUGCUUAUUUGCUGAGUCACUCAGAACUGUCAAUUCGAGCCUAAAUAACAACUGAUAGCUAAUAAAUGGUCCACUUAUGCUUGAGAGUGAAAAAAUAGUUUUGGGGUACGUUAUUAUUCCACUCUAUUCAUCAAAUAUCUUCUUUUAAUGCAGAGUGAGUGGUAGGCUGUAAACUGUUUAUUAAAGACAUCAUCAUUCUAUCGAAUAGAUAUUGAUAAGAGUGAGGUUUUAGCGAUAUAAACUUACGUAACCCUUGCUCUCAUAAUCUAAGAUAUCGACGAAUGCACUAAUGGUGCCCAUGACUGUCACCAAGAUGCUGAUUGUGGAAACACAGAGGGUGCAUUUACUUGUAGUUGUAAACAUGGAUUCGCAGGAGAUGGACGUCAAUGCACAGGUGAUAAAUUCAUACCUUCUAUUCUCUCUCCCAAUAUAGGGCACAUGCAUAUCUUUUGAUCUUUAAUGACUGAAAGGGGGAAAAAAAAAACCAAAUCAGCAAUUUCUCCAGUUGGAGGCCGUUGGCAAUAGUGUAUUUUGCAGUUACUUAAAAGUUUUGAAAACGUUAAAAGGUCGAUAGAUAACCUCUUAGUAGCAAAUCUUGAUUCUAGAUCCCAAAAAUCUCUGAAAAUGUUAAUUCUUUCCUUCGAUUGCCACACAGAAAGUCAGAGUUUCACAAGUGUUAUAUUUUGUGUGCAUGGGCUGAUUAUAUCUCCUUGGCGGUAGAUGUUGAUGAAUGCACAGAUGCCUCGCAUAACUGUCAUGCGAAAGCGGAUUGUUCUAACACUCAAGGAUCUUUCGGCUGUGCUUGCAUUCAAGGAUAUUCAGGAAAUGGUGUUACAUGUACAGGUAUGAUAGCUCUUGAAAAUUGUUCUUUAACUGUUCCAUUCAUGCGCUACUAGUUUCUAUUUGCCUGUAACGCGGUAUAUUGACUUUUUUCCUCAAUUAAUCUGAACCUUAAGCAAACUACACUGGCGACGUCAACAAGGAAAUGGGAAACAAUCAAAUUAAUUGGGUGGAACAAUGGGUCACCUCGUGCUUUUACAACUUUGUAAACUUGUUAGCCGUUCUUUGAAAAACAACACCGUGAAAUCAACCAAAUUUUCGAAGGGAAACCCCCGACCAAAAGUUAUCUCAGUUUCCACUUGAGAAUCAAUGUUGCUCUUACUUGUUUUGGUGAAGUUGAAGAGUGCCGCCUUACGAGACACAUAAUUCUAACAAAGCAUAUACAUUUAUUUUUCAAUCGUCUUACUCGGUAUUGCUGUCCAGAUUGCUUAAGAUACCCAUUGAUUAGGGGGAAACAUGUGCCUACUGAUCGCUUUAUGUGUCCCGCUUUCCUCUCUCCAACCCGGAAACAUUAAAAUCACUGGAAUAUGUCUCUUUAUAAUUUCAGAUAUCGAUGAAUGCACCAGCAGCAUUGAUGACUGCCACAAAGACGCAGAAUGUUCCAACACCGAUGGUGCGUUUACUUGUAGUUGCAAAGGAGGAUUUUCAGGAGAUGGUCGACAGUGCGCAGGUGCGGUAUCCUCGUAUUUUCUUUCCAUUUUCAUCAUCUUUUCUUUUCGUAUUUUUCUUUUUUUAAUCACUAUCGUAGUAAACAUUGUAGCAACAAUAUCAUCGUUAUAGUCUCGCUAUGCGCUAGACAGUGCACAGGUGUGAAGUCCUUAGAUUUUAUAUCUAUUUUUGUACUUGUUUUUUAUUACACUUUUCCUUUUUAUCAUUUUCGUUUUAAGACACUGUAACAGCAUUAUCAUCGCGUAAAUUUCGCCCAGCCCCAACUGAUAUUAAAUACGUGGAUACCACCCCGAUUUACAUUGUAUUUGGCGUAUAGACGGGAAAAAAAUCAGCAAAAACGAAAUAAAACAAAACAGGACCACAUUUUAUUUGAUAGGUAUACUUAAUUAUACUUUAUCCAUGUUAGCUAAAAAUUCCCAAAUAACCAAAUAUACUAAGCAGGCAUUGCAGGUACCGUUUCUCUUUUGAAUGUCAAAUUUUGUGUAACGAGGUAAUGCUGUGUCUGAUUGCUUCAGAUAUUGAUGAAUGCACAGAUGCAACUCACAACUGCCAUUCAAAUGCGGAUUGUUCUAACACUUAUGGCGGGUUCAACUGUACUUGUUUUCAAGGAUAUUCAGGAGAUGGUGUUACAUGUACUGGUAUGAAAGUUCUUAUAAAUAUUCUCAAUCUACAGCCAUACAGCCAUACACAGUGUACCUUAAUAUUUUUGAUCGAGAUCUCUGGAUACUGAAAGUUUUUGCGGUCUAGAAGCUGCAGUUAAUGCCUACAAUUAUCGAAUGAUCACCAGAUCAAGCGGAAUAGUAAGCUAUAUGAAAGAAACAACAUAAAACAAACAAACAAAAUACGAGGAGCGAAGAAAAACAAACAUGAAAAAAAAUUUACCGUUUCCAUUGGCAUAACUUAUAAGCAAGUUUUCCUUUUACCUUGCCCACGAUACUGUAUGGUUUGUUGUUAUGAAUUAGAACUUUGAACUAAACGAUACAAUCUCACAGAUAUUGAUGAGUGUGCCACAGCAACUCACAACUGUCAUGGUGUUGCUCACUGUUACAAUAAUGAUGGAUCAUUCACCUGUGAGUGUAGGACUGAUUACCAAGGAGACGGUAUUUCUUGUGAGCCCUUUGGUAAGUGAGCUAGUUCUUCGUUUGAUCACCAUAAACUACAAUUGAUAAUAACCCCCCACAAAAACUUAUGAUAUAUAUAUAAUAUAUACUUUAGUUCAUGCUACACAGUUUAUCUCUUUUUCUCCUGAUUGAUUAAUAAGAAUACGUUUAAACCGUCCAUUGGAUCUUGUUUUACAGGAGAUUUCUCUGUAACGAUUAGAAAUAUAUCCAAGGACAAAUAUUUGGCAACUACUGUCAAGCGGUCUGAAAAAAGUAUCCAUCAGGCAAUCAUCGAAGAUCUUCCAGAUAAACCUGUGUUGGAAAGUGUCAUGGAAUGGCGUUUAAUUAGUGAACAGGAGCUGGCAGCUUCUGAAUCACCAGUGGGAACUUUAGUUAGUCAAGGAACUGCACAGUGGACCAUAAAUAGGCGAUCCGUACCUUCUGGAAACUAUCAAGUAAAAUUUACUGCUUCCAUUAAAUUCGGUGAUUCAGUAUCCUCAGAAACUCUCAAGGCUUUUGAUUACGGCUUUAUCAAAGUUAUUGCAGCUCCUUUGCGAGCAAUAAUCGAUGGAGGAAGUAGCGUUCUUUGGGGUUCUAAAGACACUGUUACAGUGAAUGGAUCCCUUAGCUAUGAUGGAGAUAUUGGUCCUGGAAACUACAGUGGGCUGAAAUUUACCUGGUCCUGUUAUCUUCUUGGAGCUAAUACUUCCUUCAGCGACAAUUGCUUUGGUUCUUUCAAGGGAGACGUAACUCUAACAUCCAUAGGCAUUAUCCCUGGUGGGCUUGAUAUUGGAAAAAAAUUCGUUCUCAGACUAACAGUGUCCAAGGAUGAUCGAAGUCAUUUUGCAGAAAUUAUUUUUGAGAUAGCAACUGGUGAGAUACCUCAAGUUAGCUUAAGGUACUUUAAAAGGAUUGUUUUAUUCAAUUUUUCCUCUCUUUCAGUCAUCCUCUAUACACAAUCAUUCUGUUUUGUUGAAACAUUACAAAGUUGUGAUUGCAGUAGCUUUGUUCUACCUUCAACCAAUCACACGCAAAGCUGAGGCUUUUCUAGACUUGGCCUCAAGUAAUGUUGAGUGCGUCAGGAAUGUGACCCGUCUUUCAUAUCGUUGUUGUUGUUAUUAUUGUUGUCUUUUCCUCAGAUCAAUGCAAAAUGAAUUAUAACAAUCGAUCUAUUUAAUUCUCUUAUUUUCAUGCAGGUGUUUUGUAGAUUGUGGUAAAAUAGUCUCUGCUUCGAAUAAGUUUCGAGUAACAUCAGAGUGUCUCAAUUCCCCCUGUAUUGGUUCAGAGUAUCUAUGGCAAUUAAUGAGAUUCAAUGAUGAUUCAAAUCAACUGGAACUCAUAAAUAUUCUAACCAAUAUGACAUCGACUGCUAUAAAUGCAACCAACAUGAUUAUCAAAAAGAAUUCCUUGCAGUCAAGCUCGAAAUACACUCUGAACUUAACUGUGAUACCCCCUGGUGGAACAGCUGGAUUUGCAGUGCUCGAGUUUGAGACAGCUGGGCAGCCCCACAGUGGCUACUGCGUGCCAUCAGCCGUUGUAGGUUUCUCUUUGGAAACAAAAUUUUCAUUUGAAUGCUUUGAAUGGCAAGAUAAAAGUACACCACUAUCUUACGAAUUUCGUGUUGGGGACGAGCCAAUAUCCUAUGGCACCUCUGCAAAAUCUGUUUCGACAGUCUUGCCCUCUGGCUUACCGGAAAACGAUUAUCAGCUGUCAAUCAACAUUAUUAUCAAGAAUGCUGUUGGUGUGGCCCUUGUGGAGAAGCUCUCUAUGAAGGUAAUGAUAAAAACUGUAUGCCUCUGACGGUUUCUCUAAAAGGACUCUGGAAUCUAUCCAGUGUCACAUGAGCACAACUAUGAUUGAUGCGUAGAGUUGAAUAGCGUAGAAAGUCCUGAGGGAUUGUUGCACCCUCCGCACCCAAGUAUUAAGAAAACACAGACGUAGUCGGCUAAAACGGGAAAAUUUUCACCACUCCGAAAUUAAAGAAGGAAAAGAAGAAUCGAAGCAAAACAAUCAAGAAACGAGUAGUUUGCUGAUUUAAUAAUUUUAGUGACCACUUUUGUUUCAAGUACAAGUGAAUUUGAGCAAAAUGAGAUUGCUUUAGUAGUCGAAAGGCGCAAAAUACUUUUAUAAAAAGUAAACUUUCGUCCGCUACCUAUUAAAGCUUUCAAACAUUUGUUCUGUUUUUACAAGGUGGUGCCAUCGUCCCAACUUGAUCCUUGCCGUUCAUCGGUAGAAGAAGUGUCUAACAAAUUGAAAGGUUUCGUCAUUGGGGACGACAGCGACUUGGAUAAAUUUCUAAAGAAGGGUGAAAUUAGUCAAGCCUCUCAACUUGCUAUCACUGUUCUCAAAUCAGCCAGCGAAGUAACGGAGUGUGGGCAGACGCUCAGCAAAGAUACCAAAACACUAGUGGGUCCACUUACUGUAAUGUUUUUUUUUAUAAGCAGUGGAGAGCUGUGUGUUUGUUUGUUUGUUUGUUUGUUUGCUUGAUCAUUUGUUUGCUUCGUACGCCAUCCACAAGAGAUUAUCUCAUAAAUGUAUGUAAAAAUUCGUUGUUGUAUACCUGAUAUUAAUCUGAGGUAACAAUUUCAAAAUUUUUUACUCCCUGUAAGCUUUUUUUAGCUCCCAAAAACUUUAGAUAUUUCAUUUACUGGCGUAGAUUUCAAGUACGUUAGUGGAAAAGUUCACCUCCAUAAAGCCGGAGGACCUUCAGAUGUCCCGAACUGUUAUGGGUGUAGUCAAACUAGCAGGUGGUAACCAAGACGCUCAAUCUUGCAAUGACUGUGGAAAUUCUGCGGUAAGAAUCUAGCUUUCUCUUCUCUUACACAAGAACAGCAAAGUAUCACAAAAUACAUGUACAUUGUUUUGAUCGUAAUCAAAUGCCUUUCUUUAGAAUGAAACUAUGAAACUAACGGAUGCCACAACAGAACUACUUAAGUCUGUCCUUGGUGACUUAGAGGAGCCAUUUUCUGAUGAACUGGAAGAAUCGGCUGUCAGUAUCACCACGUGUCUAAAAAACGUUCUAAAGUCUUCUCCUGAAUCAAGCAAAGAAAGUGGAGAUUUGACAAAGAGCACUGAAUCUGAGAAGGUAUGACAAAAUUUGAUUCACGAAAUUAAGUAAACGAGAGUAACUCAUAUUAUGUUAUCCUGUACAUAUCAAGGAGUUUCACUGAAACGACAUCUUGUGUAAUUUAACUGCUCCAAUUGUUUGCACGGAGAUGAGGGUGUUUCUAUCAAGAUGAAAUUUUCUGACCAAAUUAAAAUAUGUGAGCACUAAAAAUUAGCUACCACAGACAGUAUCAAACAAAUAACGCUUGCAAAUUCCUAGUCAAGAAAUUGAUUAUCGCUCGGAAAUUGCAUUUAGUAGAAAAUUUUAACAGAAACUCUUUUUUACCACAGGAGAGUGUGAAGCAAGCUGCUGAAAAACUGGACGCUAUGAACGACGCAUUUUUCGCACGCCUGGUUCCCUCUGAAAAUCUUGUCCUAAAAACGCCUGGCUUGACAUCGACCCUUAAGAAGGUAUCUGCUGACGGUAUAAAGGGUCUUAAUAUGGAAGAUGGACCAACAAAAUUUAGACUACCAGGAAACCUAGGGAAUAUGGCUGAUGGAAACAUCAAUGCAAAGGUAUGGAGUUUUAAAGCGUAGAUAUACAACAAACCUGGCAUUUUCAAAAUUGAAUGUCAUUAGCAACUAUCUGUCAACGCUUUUGACGUUUAGCGUUGCAUCAAAAGUUUGAACCUUUUAUUUGAAAUUACUCUCCUUACGUCACUUAUUGCUACGAAAUUGUAUUCGAUCCAAUUGCUUUGAUGACUAAGCGUUCCGAAACAAUUUUUUUUGUUUCUCAGUUGCAAUGAUGGCUUACACAUUCUUUACUGCAGUAUUGUAGAAAAGUCAUACACACAAACUUCGAAAUGUUUCUCCAAAUAUAUUUUAUUUUCAAAGAAUACGUGCUGGGUAUAUCACAGCAGGACACUGAUUCUCAAAGUAUGAAACUAGAGGCUUGAUCAACUGAAUUGGCCACCUCAGAUAGUUUCUAAACCUGACUUUUCGAGCGUCAGCCCUUCGUAAGAGCGAAUAGUCUCGUUAGUAAAUUACGCCUUUUAGUUGAAAAAGUAUAUCCUCUGUGUUCUGUUUUUGCAGAUGAAAAGUGCUGACUUUAAUCCCUUCUCUUGGGACAAUAGCAGCAAGAAAGUUCAGUCCAGUGUCAUUAGCCUCGAGCUUCAAACGGAAAAUGCAACAAAACUGAAUGUUUCAAACCUCGAUAAUUACAUUGAGAUAGUUAUACCUAUUUCCACCCCACCUUCAAAUACCAGCAACGGAUCAGAGCAUUAUUUUCUAAAGCCAAACCAAUUGACUAUGAGGAGCUAUUACGCCGACCUAGCAGAUGUACUGUUUCCAUCAGCCUGGGUGUGGCAAAAGAGGAAACAUUAG